AGUCCGCCACCAGAUGGCGUAUCGAUCACAUUGAUUACUUCUGACUAGCCGACGACAGUUGAGCGUCGUUAUGGUUGCUGAAUAACGGGACCGUAUUGUCUGUCAACAGGGCAAGAACAGUAAUUCAGCACUGUAACGGUGGUGGAACAGAUCGGUUGUGGCUCGCUGGCUGCGUUUGCAGAUGUGAAACAAACUGGGUCAGACGAUGUGUGGACCGGUCCUCCCCCUGUGCCUCCUGCUGUGGAUCCUACAAGCAACACAAGCAGCUGUGGUCCAAACCCAGCAGACUGUGUCAGCCGCACUGGGGGAAGAUGCCACUCUCAGCUGUCAGCUCCUGGAAACUAAAGUUGUCUCGCAGGUCACCUGGCAGAAGGUCUUGGGGAACACAAACAGGAAUAUCGGCGCUUACUCUGAGCAAUUUGGUUCGUCGGUGUAUCGAGAACAUAAAGACAAAAUUCAGUUUACGGAAAUCAGACUGCAGAAGAACUCCAUAGUUAUCAGGAACGUCACAGAGCAGGACGCAGGAUGCUAUCGCUGCCUGUUCGCCACCUUCCCUGAUGGAGAGCUGAUAGGGAGAACCUGCCUGAAAGUUUAUGAGGCAUCGCAUGGCUUUCUAUUGCUGCAGCAGUGGCAGCCUGGAAUUUCUUACUCUCCUGCUUGCAAUAGGAAUAAGAAAAAGGAAAACUUUCAAAGGACGCCACAGAAAAUGACUUACCAUGCUGGACAUCAAGGAGGACCUGACCAAAGCAGCUGAAGAAGAACUGGAACCAGCCAGACUUUACUUCCUGAGCAAACAGCAGCUCUUUCCAAAUGUCACCGUAAUAAAGGAAUGCAGGGAUUCCUGACACAGGCAGA